GUUUUCUAUCACCUUGCAAACUAUAAACAUUCCUCUGAUUCUGAAAUCGAAUAUGCAGCACAAAAACCACCUUGCCAGUCUACCACCGAUCUCUUGGCCGGUGGAUGAUGCUAUCUAAAUGUAGAGAUAAUACAAUUGAAAACAGAGGAUGUCUAUUCCUAGCGUGAAGCCAGAUAUUGGCAGCAAGGUUCUCCCAGGUGAUAAAACAGGUUUGCCAUGGGAAAUAUGGAGGAUAAUUCUGUCCUACCUCUCCGCAGAAGACCUUUGUCGAUGUUCAUGCACUUGUAAAACCUGGAAUGAUCUAGUGGUUAGUCUGGACAGUUCAAGAUGGAGGGAGCUGUAUCUGCAAUGCUCAGACUGGAAGCAUCCAGUUUGGCCAAUAAACACUGAUUCAGAGCCUGCCUCAUGGAGACUAGCAUUCAAAGAGCAAUAUCUCUCUGUAAGGUUCUGGGGCCGAAACCUACGCGAGCCCGAUCCAGCUACUUGUCUCUUUGUCUUAAAACGAAAAAAAGAAAGAAAAGUGAUUCGAGUUGGAAGGAGUAUGGAGCAUACUUCCCUUAAGAGUGCGCUGGCAGUGGCUAAUGACUAUGACAGAAUUGAGAUCUACCCAGGUAUUUAUGAUGAGCAGUUUGAAAUGUCCUCCAAAAUUCCAUUUGAGAUUAUUGGUGUUGGGGAGCUUGGCAGCAUUAUCUUAGUGGUGUGUGUGGAGCAGAUCGCCUUGACAGGCAGAGUCAGUAACCUGGUAUUCAGAGCUCCAUGGUUCACAAACUUUAUUCUGAAGGUCAGACUUGGGUAUUUACAAGUUGAUAACUGUAUCUUUGAGGAUGGAAUGGUUUAUGUCCAAAAUCCUGGUUCAUGUCACAUAAAAUUCUGUACAUUUCGCCAUGCCACAGUGAUACUGCAACAUUUGAACUCCAGCAUCAUAGAAAAUUGUGAGUUUUCAAAAACAGACUCUGCAGCUAUAACUGUGGAGGGGUUUCCUCGUGAAGACAGGAACUGGACAUUUAACUACAUGAUGGAGAAAAUAGCUGCUGUAAGUCACUUAAAUAGACCUCCCAAGAAAGGAUAUGAAAUGGCUCCACCGUCCGCAUUCUCCACAUCCACUGCUGUUACACAGAAAUGGCUUCUGGAAAAAUCUAGUGAUACCAAAACAGAGUAUUCUCAUGAUCCAAAUCGUAGACAAAGCUACUGUAGUUCUUCCUUUAUGCAGAGCGAGUUUACGGAUACCUCCCUUCAAACUAGGAGUGCCAACAAGGUGCACGGGAAAUCUAGUGGGAGACAGACCUUUAGCCUGGACCAGCUACAGGGUCGGACUUCCUGUUUCUCCUCCCACACAGGCGAGCUCACAGGGGGGUCCAGGACUUGUGAAUUCCUGUCUCAAAGUGACCCUUCAUGCUAUGGAGGUAAAAACACUCUAACUGUAGCAGGGAGCAGUCAUUAUGGGAGCUUUACUGCCUCGGAGGUCAGCCAUGGCUCCACUGUUGGAGGAGGUAGUAUCAGGGUAGACAUUGAGGACAAUGACAAAACCUCGCUGUGUUCAGGUAUGCUGUUGGAAGAAGAUAAACUCUCAGUUCCAGAUCAAGUGAAAACCAAUCAGGAGACUGCUGAAAAUGUAAACCAGAGUAGUGAAACAGGUGCAAUGGGGGGAGCAGGAAACAGUGGCAUUGUGCAAGAACAGGAUGGAGAUCCUCACCCUCAUGACAGAAUUGAUAUCAGGUCAAGGUCACCAAGCAGGGCCUUCAGCAAUUCAAGGUCACACAGUCCAGUGUCCACAGCCAGUGGAAGUGACAUAUUUGAUGACAGCAAUGACAGUAUUGGAAGUUAUCACUCUGGAUCUCUUGACUCCAGAGGAUCCAGCAGUAGCAGUGAGGAGGGAGGACUGAUCCUCUCAGACACAGACUCGGACUUCAGCGAUGAGGAGGAGUCUGUAAUCAUGUUGACAUGCCCUCAACACCAGCAACCACGCUCGAUAUCCUCCGCAAGUAUCGGGGCAGAUGUCAUAUCCAUCUGCAGCCAGAACCAGUCAGAGAACAUCCGAAUCACCGCAGAUGCUGCGGUUAACAAGGUGACGGAUGAGGUCAGAGGUUGUCUGAUCCACCGCUGUCGGAUGAGUCUGUGUAAGGGUGGGGUGAUGGUCAGUCUACAGGCACAUGCCAUCAUCUCCCACUGUGAUAUCAACAGUGUGGGCUAUGGAAUCAGGUGCAUUCAAAAUGCAAGGGUUAUCAUUUUGAAGAAUGAGAUUCACCAUUGUCGAACCUCUGGUGUGUUUAUGAGGCUUGCUGCCUCCGGAUUGGUUGCAGGAAAUGAUAUUCACUCCAAUUGUGAAGCUGGCAUUGAUAUUCGGAAAAAUGCUGACCCUCUUGUCAUAAGUAACCGUAUUCACCAUGGGAAGAGAUCUGGUGUUGUUGUCCUGGGGAGUGGGCGUGGUCAGAUCCGGAACAAUGAGAUUUACCAGAACAAGGAGGCUGGGCUCUAUAUACUGUACAGAGGAAACCCCACCGUCAGCAAGAAUCAGAUUUUCAGUGGGAAGGCUGCGGGCAUUGCAGUGAAUGAAGGUGGCAAGGGAUAUGUCUGUGAUAACAUAAUUCGAGAGAAUCAGUGGGGAGGAGUAGAUAUUCGUCAUGGUGGUGACCCAGUGGUCACACAGAACAUCAUCUGUAACGGAAUGUCCGACGGAAUCGUGAUCGGAGAAAAGGGGCGGGGCAGCAUAGAAAACAACAUCAUCACAGGGAAUGCUGGGUGUGGAGUGUGGAUCACAGCAGCCUCACAGCCACUUAUCCAUGGCAACCAGAUCAACAACAACUUGGACACCGGCAUUACAUUCGUAAACAAAACGGAUGAGGCCCAUGAAGCGGACCCUUUGUCAUCCAUGGAUCGCAGUGACGUACACAGUCAGAAGAGCGCAGAGUUCUGGCAGUUUAUUAACGAGGAUCAGCCCCAUCACAGACGCUCCUGUAGCAAGGCCACAGUGGAGUAUAACAGUAUAUACCACAACAAUGGCCGAGGAAUAUUUCUAAUGUUUGGUGAUGAAGUGGAGGUCAAAUGUAAUGCUGUCCAUGGUAACCGUGGUGAUGGCAUCCAUAUUGACCAGGAGUUUCCUGUACUGGUAAAGGACAACAGUGUUACAUGUAAUGCAGGAAAUGGACUGAUUACAUCCGAUGUAGGGGAGGUGAUUGUGGAGGGUAAUGGAAUCUUUGACAACAGGGAUCAUGGGUUGUUUGUAAAGAACCAGGUCACAGUAGAAGAGAAUGAUAUUGUGGGCAAUCAGAGAAGUGCCCUGCAGCUAGAGAGGAACCCACAAGUUAUGGUGAGACAGAAUCGGCUGCAGUCCCCAUCUGAGAGGACCAUCACAGUGAUCUCUGUCCACGAGGGAGCCAUCAGCAGCAACCAAGUCUACAGUGUCAACGCCGACCCAAUUCUUAAAACCACUGACUCAAAAUGCCAAAUGGAUGACAACAAAAUCAUCCAUAUUGACUCUUUGUCUAAAUCAAGUAAUGAAAAUGGAGGAAAAGUAAGUAAGGACUUAUGGAUGUUGAAAGACCCUCCUGCCAGGCCUCAUAUUGAAGCCCCGCCCACUGUUCCUACCUUGCCUGCCAAUCAAGUGACCUCCAUAACAAGAGUCACAGUGCCCUCUGUACACAACUGUGACGAAGGGAGCAAACUCUGUAUCAUACUGUAAACUUGAUCAUCCAUCAUACCAUGCAUUCUCAUUAAUGUAUCACUUGAACUGGGUACUUAGAUUUUAAAGAUAUUUCUUCAAUAAUGUAAGCAAUUCGAUCAGGGGUUUGAACAUUCACAUUUAUAAAAUGUUAAAGAGCUGUCCGUGCUAUCAUAUUCUGAUAUUGAGCUAGGAUCCAUGGUUGUAACUAGAUAAAUCCUCAUAUCAUGAUAUUUGUUACAUUAUUAUCAUUGUCACUGAUUCUUAAGAAUUAUUACAUGUGUGUAUAUGCGUAUAUAUAAUGUUAUUAAGAGUUCUACCAUUAUGAAAACUUAAAAGUAGCAAAAACUAUUAAUUAUUAAUAAUAAUGGGUGUUUUAUCAAUUUACAAAAAAACUUCAUUGAUAUACAAUGUGCCAAUUUUAAAUAUUUUUCUCAAAACCAAUUAUAAAUGAAGCAUCAAAUUACCCCGGUAAUGGUAUUUCAUAACAGGUAUCAUUUUGUAAUACAUGUUCAGUAGCUAUGUUUACUACUGAAUUGGAACAAGCAGUAUGAAGGCAUUUAGAUCUGAAGGAAUCUUCCAUUAUUAACUUGCCUUUGGUUCAUAUACUGGACAGCUGCACGGUCAUUAUCACUUAAUAUAAUUUCAAUGAUUUCCACUUAGUGAUACAUUCAAUGUCUAUUGUUUUUAUCAAUUUACAUAUAUUUUUUUGUUAAGCAUUUACAAUAAUUCUUCAACUAUUUGUCAUAUCAUGGAAAAUAUGUGUUCAUAAAUGUCCAUUCACUUGUAAUUUUCAUGCACAUUUAUUCUGGAUGUUGAACAACAAAUCAAGAUGAGGAAUCUCUACAUUCAUCUUUUAUUGUAAGAUAGGAUUGGUAACAAUUCCUUCAUUAUAAAAGAGUUCUUUUACAAAAAUAGAUUUUUUUAGUCCUAUAUUCCAUUCGUACGAAAGCCGAAUAGGGCCACAUAAAAAAAAUAUUU